UUUUUGACCGCCGGCCACACAAGAGGGGCAUUGAGGAGCAGAAUCGGCGUCCAGAGUGCAAAACAAAUUAAGGGCUUGUUUUUUUGAGACUGCAUCACAACAUGUAGCCCGAGGGGGCUGGGGAGGCAUGAAGAGACGCAGCGUAUCACUCUGUGCCAUGCACACGCGCUGAUGGAGGCCUAUGAUUGGCCGGUCGGAGGCCUUUGGGACACACCCCUGGCAGCCCUGAUGUGACCCUGCUGGCCGAACACGCUGAUCCCGCAACCUUCAGGGACCCAGAUCGCAGGAGCCCUCUAAGGAGAGACGCUCAGGAGCCUCCGCAUCUUCACGCAAAGCGGAGUUCUGAAGCACUUCUAGGUGGAGGUGGGGGCAGGAGGGAGGGGAGCAGAUGAGCGCCGCCGGGGCAACCCGAAGCGGCAGCAGGGGAGCCAUGCAGGAGGGCAGCCAGAGGUCUCUGUCUUCUGCGUGUGCCAGUCCCAGACACAGCCGCCACCCAGCUGGGCAUUGACGGGGCGCAGGCCGCUGAUAUGACCUUUGGCCACCAGAGAGCGCCACCCAAGCUGCCCAUCCUAUCCUAGUAGGACCACAUUCCUACACUGGCCCGGAAGGCCGGAAGAAACAGAAUAAAGGGGGGAAAAAGCUGAUUUUUCUGAUUUCCCCAAGUGCCCCACACAUCCAGAAAAGCGAUAGUUGUAUCAUUUUUAAAAAACAAAAAAAAAAAACUUUUUUGUUUUGAUCUUCUGCCCACCACCGUGCUCUGUUGGCCACGCCCCACAAAGAGGAGCAUCAUGGGAUGCCGGCAGAGCUCAGAGGAGAAGGAGGCGGCCCGGCGCUCCCGCCGCAUCGACCGGCACCUGCGCUCGGAGAGCCAGAGGCAGCGGCGCGAGAUCAAGCUGCUCCUGCUCGGCACCAGCAACUCGGGCAAGAGCACCAUCGUCAAGCAGAUGAAGAUCAUCCACAGCGGGGGCUUCAACCUGGAGGCCUGCAAGGAGUACAAGCCCCUCAUCCUCUACAACGCCAUCGACUCGCUCACGCGCAUCAUCCGCGCCCUCAGCACGCUCAAGAUCGACUUCCACAACCAGGACCGCGCCUAUGACGCUGUGCAGCUCUUUGCCCUCACCGGGCCAGCUGAGAGCAAGGGCGAGAUCACGCCCGAACUGCUGGGGGUCAUGAAGCGUCUCUGGGCCGACGCCGGUGUCCAGGAGUGCUUCUGUCGCUCCAAUGAGUACCACCUGGAGGACAACACUGCCUACUACCUGAACGACCUGGACCGCAUCGCCGCCCCCGACUACAUCCCCACAGUGGAGGACAUCCUGCGUUCACGCGACAUGACCACGGGCAUCGUGGAGAACAAAUUCACCUUCAAGGAGCUCACCUUCAAGAUGGUGGACGUGGGCGGACAGCGGUCCGAGAGGAAGAAGUGGAUCCACUGCUUCGAGGGCGUGACGGCCAUCAUCUUCUGCGUGGAGCUCAGCGGCUACGACCUCAAGUUGUACGAGGACAACCAGACGAGUCGCAUGGCAGAGAGUCUCCGGCUCUUUGACUCCAUCUGCAACAACAACUGGUUCAUCAACACUUCGCUCAUCCUCUUCCUCAACAAGAAGGACCUGCUGGCGGAGAAGAUCAAGCGGAUCCCGCUGACUGUCGGCUUCGCUGACUACAAGGGCCAGAACAGCUACGAGGAGGCAGCGGUCUACAUCCAGCGCCAGUUCGAGGACCUGAACCGCAACAAGGAGACCAAGGAAAUCUACUCACACUUCACCUGCGCCACGGAUACCAGCAACAUCCAGUUUGUGUUUGAUGCCGUCACUGACGUCAUCAUCCAGAACAAUCUGAAGUACAUUGGACUCUGCUAGGACAGGACCACAGUGGGGGGGAAAUGGAAUAACCCCAGCCUGGCCUUGGUGCAGGCAGGUUGACGUGGGGGUGGGAGAUCAUACAGGUCAAGGCGGGGGGGAGUGAAGCAGAGGUUAAACAGUGUCACGUGCAGUUGUCCUGUCUGUAAAUGAAUGUUGGAUUGGUGGAAGCUGACUGGGCUAUGGAAGGGUCAAAGGUCAGGGGUCAGAGUGCUGUUGUAAAGGCAGCCACAUGCUGCCUGACCUUUCAUCCUGCUAGAUGGAGCGGGAGCCGACUAUGUGCGCUCCCUGCAGCUCGGGUCAUCUCACUAAAUCAGUGCUGCCUUACAGAAAAAAAGGACUUCUUUUCGUUUAACGUCGGACAUCUCGUUUGACUUCAGGUGGCAAAGGAGGACAGGCUGUCAAGGUGCACGGGGGAGGGGGGCAGGACUGAAGCAGACCUGCAGAUGUGACCGCGUCCCUCCUAUAUCCGCGGCAAUCCAGAAUUAGAGCGGCCGACCGUCGGACACGUAUUUGGGUGGAAGGUUACAAAGGAUGCUGGGAGAAUUUUUUUCUUUUCCAUUCCUUUGACCUUUGUUUUAUUUUUUUACUUAGACGUGCAUCAGACCUGCCUUUUUCAGUUUCAUUUUGACUUUCUGUUGUCCUCCUCUAGUGCUUUCCAGCUCAUACCAGACAGAAGUGCCAAUUUCCACGUCCAGAGGGAGCCACACAAACGUCCCGGAAAUCGUUUUUUAAUUUGAUAAGGCAGGACGGGGGAGGGGGGAUGCAUGAUGUCUUACAGUUGAGACGUUUACCCUUUAAUUUGGUUUGUUGUAUUUUACUUUAACAAAUUGUCCUGAAGAUGUAAGAUCAGAAAACAAAUACUGAAUUGUACAGCUGUAAUCUGAAAGGUAUAUAUUGAUAUUGAGCUUGACAAUGAGUAUAGACAUUGAUACUGAUGGCAGUAUUGCGACAGUUUCCCAGGCACUUUGCGUUGACGUGGACAAAAGACUUUUGUCGUUUGUUUGUUCAUGUACAACGAUGAGAUUGAUGCUGGGUGGGAUUUAGAAGGAUUUCCUGAAAUUAUCUAAGAAUACUGAAAGCAUCACAGGAAAAUGGUGUCAUUCCAAAACCAAGCAUGAGAAGAUGCAGGGGU